AUGGCGAAAUGGGAUACAGUUGGUAGCCCACUUGAGCAACAUAUUCCAGUAAUUAUAAUCAAACUAGAUAAUCCUGAAAUUUUAAUUGAAGAUUUGAUUAAAUUUGCUGAUUUUAAUAAAGAUAAUAAAUUUCAAAGAGUACGAUUAGCAAUUAGAAUAAUUGAAUUUUUUAGUGAUAAAUGGCAUUAUCAAAAUACUAAUCUACAUUUAUAUUUAUGUCAACCUUUAAUUAAAUCAUUUGGUUAUGAUAAAGAUUAUGAAUCAGAAACAUUAAAAUUAAAUCAAAUAAUAUCAUCAAAAUCAAUAUUAUCUCGUCUUCCAAAUCGUUGUCAUGAAAAUAGAGAUUGUUUGUAUGAUUCACAUUGUUAUGCAUCAUGUAAUAUGUCAACAAAUAAUAAAUAA